AUGAGAAGGCAGCAGGGGCAACACCAUUCGAAACGGAUCUCACAGUCCAACUACCACCCUUAUGUCUGGAAAACUCCCCCCACUCUGCAGGCAGACCGUAAGAUGGCAAGUGUGAUGGGAAGAUUGGCUAGUAGUAUAGAUUCAGACUGCGAUGAUGAAACAGUUUGCAAAAUAUUUUCUCAAGGCCUGCAGCAGAUGUCUGCUGAACGUGUUCGCUGUCCUGCUUAUUACAAGGAAGCAGAACUUGAAUACCACUGGCAUCUCUCAAUGACUUUGGUUUGGGAGGCUAAGAAGCUUUCGAGGCUCAAGCAUUUUAUCAAUGGCGAACAGCAGGAGCAGGAGGAUCAAACCGAUUUCGAGUUCAUUACUGCAGUUCAAAAGAACAAGGUGGAAAGGGUCAAACAGUUGAAUGCCGAACUCGAUGAGCUCAAUAUCUUUCUUCCACCGGCUUCAGACCUCGACGAUAAUUACACACGCUCUAUCAGAGAUCCCCACGACUCUGAUCAUUCAUCUGUUGGAGACUCCCCCGAGGAUGAGCUGGCAACAGGGUCGGAAUGUAGCAUGGAUGAUAGGCGCUUUGUGGACUUUAUUUUUUACCUCAUGAAGAUUACUAUUAUGGACACUGAUCAACCUGCACCAUCUAUACAAAGAAUUGUGUGGGAUGUGCCUAUCGUUCGACAAGCAGGACUGAAUAUUGCAGGUCAUUCAUUAGCCGAUCAAGUCGGCUGUGUGUCAGAGAUGCCAGAGUCAAUGAACACACCUGAAUUGCCGCCUCGCAUCAAUCCUCCUCCUAUUUUCUCGCACGACAGCUACAGCUCAAUCCCACCUAAUCAUCAGGAUGGUCGCCGGCAAGGUGAAGGGCACCAUGACAGCUCGGGUGCCACCACAGUACCUGUAAUUGACAAAGCGCAGUGCAGGCCUGCACUAACUGCUGCGUGUUCAUCCUUUAUCGCAGAAGAUCACUUGAUCAAACCAUGGACCGAUGAAAAUAUAUCCUCGCUAUACAAGACCAUCAUCACGCCGAUGUCGACGUUACUCAAUCGCUUCAAGCAGUGCGCACAGGACCUUGUCGACAAUCUUUACAAGCUUCGAAUGUCAAUUUGGACUGACCCGACAGCCCGGGCCAAUCACAACAAGUCAACUGUUGAAUUCCUCGUUGGAAACAAUAGCAUUAAUUUUAUAUUUGGUGAUCCACUUGAAGAUGGCCGAGAGGUUCGCUUCCCGUUCAAGCAUGAAGCAAUUAUCCAGAUCGCAAGCCGUGCUGCCUUUUGUGAUGGCUACAACAAGUUCAUCAAAUUGGACAGCGACCUCGACAAUAUCAUGGCGAUCUCGGGAACAACUGCGUGUUGCAGCUUGCAGGAGUUCGUGACUGGUGGAAAGCACUAUUUCAAGUUCUUCGUAGCAAAACUCGUUGAUCAGUAG